UAAGAUAAGAAACCGAAGGCGAAGUCGAGACAUUGACAAAAUAGGAGUAAUUUUUAUUCAGAAUUUAAGGCCCAGGAAAGAAUUUCCUUGCUUGCCAGCAACAUUGUCACGAAGCUGGACGUCAUUCCGCACCCCUCUGACCAGACUCCCAUUCAAGAUGGCAAACUGCAAGACGGCAGUCAGCAUACUGCAGGAGCACUGUGCUCGGCAGGGCAUGACACCCAUCUAUAACACCAUCAGUCAGGAGGGCCUAUCCCACCAACCUAAAUUCACCAUCAACUGUACAGCUGGACAAACAGUAGGCACAGGAGAAGGAGUGAGCAAGAAGAGCGCCAAGCAAGCCGCCGCUGAGGCCGUCUUGCAACAGUGGGAAGUGGAGAUCCCCAAACUAGACAGUGUCAAAGCGGAAACGGUUGAUCCUCCCAACCCUGUGGGACAGCUUCAAGAGCUAGUCACAUUCCUCGGUUGGAGGCGGCCGGAAUAUGAUGAGAUUGAAGAAACAGGACCCCCACAUGACAGAAGCUUUGUAAUUGGAGUCACCGUGGGAAAGUUCAAAGAGCAAGGAACAGACAAAAGUAAACGUCUUGCCAAGCGCACAGCCGCCAAGGCUAUGCUGGAAAAAAUCAAAGCCUUGCCACCAGAUACAGACCCAGGAAUCGAACCCGGAACCACCAAGUCCAAGAAGAAACAGGCUGCAGAUGCACCAGCUGCCAAAGCAACUGGCUGCUCGCUGCAGUUCGCUGUCGGACAGAACAUCGACAGACUCCGUAACAACCCUCUCAACUUCCCAGAUGCCCAAUCCUGCCAGAUACUGCAAUUGAUAGCCGUCGAACAAAACUUUGCAACCAGAUACAUUGACCUCCCUGAACCUGGCCCCAACAAUCAGUACCAGUGCCUGGUGGAAUUACAGACAUCGCCCCUGGCUGUGUGUCAUGGCACUGGUCAGAGGCUGGACAGCGCUCAUGCCACCGCGGCUCGUAAUGCCCUCUACUACAUUAAGAUGAUGGCUCAAAAACCGCCCGAUGCACUCAUCGUUCCUACAGAUAUAAAAGAUGAAUUUGAGCCACCUUCUCACAAGAACCCAGUCCAGAUGCUAAAUGAGAUGACUGUCACUCCACUGGACUUCAGCAUGGUCGACAAGAGUGGACCACCUCAUGAGCCAGUUUACGUUAUGAGUAUCCAGCUAGAUGGGCAGAUCUUCACUGCAGAGGGUAAGAAAAAAAAAGAAGCCAAAGAAGCAAUCGCUCGGAAAGCUCUGCUUACAGUUUUUGGCAUCAAGUCACCUGAUAAUGACGGGCUUCUAUAUGCCAGGACUCGGCCAACACCGAGUGUUUUAUACUCUACUUGGUCUGCCCAGAAGGCUCUCAUUUGUGCCAACCUCAUCCAAAACCUCAUUGAGGCUAAGCUCCGUGAGGUUACCCUCAAUGAUGGACAGCAUAGAUACCUGAAGUACAAGGUGCUAGCCGGGAUUGUGCAGUCAGACGGUGAAGCUGUGGAAAGCUUGAAAGUUGUCUGCCUAGCAACGGGAACCAAGUGUCCUCUAGCCGAGGAGCCUCACACAAAAGGCACAAUCAUUCAUGAUUGUCAUGCCGAGGUCAUUGCCCGUCGCUGCCUGAAGAGGUACCUUAUGGAACAGCUCCUAGAGUACCAAAAGAACCCCAGGUCAUCCGUCUUUGAUGGUGGCAUCAGUGGGAUACUGCAGUUAAAGGAAGGAAUCCGGUUUCAUCUGUAUAUCAGCUGCCCCCCUUGUGGAGAUGCUUCAAGUUUCAUCAAAGAGGAGCGCAACAUGGGACACAAUGAUGUCCAUCCUGGCAGAGGAGCUAGAGGCAUCCUCCGUGCCAAGAUCAAGCAGGGAGAGAGCACAAUUCCUCUAACUGGCAAAGCCACCGCAGCUCCUGAACGCCUCUUUACAAUGACUUGCAGUGACAAGGUAGCCAGCUGGAAUGUCCUAGGAAUUCAAGGUGCACUUUUGAGCCACCUCAUUGCACCAGUGUACCUCUCCAGUGUGGUUUUGGGCAUGCAGUACCACCCUGAUCACCUCCCAAGAGCCCUGUAUGGGCGCCUCACAGACCUCCCAGACUUACCAAGAGGCUACAAGUUGAAUAAACCUCUGAUGGUGGGCACCAGCAGACCAAGCCAGUGCCCCUUUGGUGCCUCACCGGUUGCUAAAGCACCAAACUUCAGCAUCAACUGGAUUAUUGAUUUGGAUAAUAUCGAGGUGAUUAAAACUGAUAAAGGAUUGAAAGAGGAUGGCAGCUCAUCUCGUGUCUCCCAAGAGAAGCUCUUCUCUACUUACAUGGUCAUUAUGAACAAGUUUCCUUCUAGCAAGGGUCAAACCACUGGAGGUUCCAUCAAGCAGUCCCCCCAAAGAGGUAGCAGCUCAAAAAAAGACAAACAGGGCAAAGGGAAUGUCUCCAAAGAAAAGCCUCAGCAGAACUUCAAAGUUGGUAACACUUAUCGUGAGGUGAAGGAGAAAGCAGAGGCUUAUCAAGAAUGUAAAAAGAUCCUAAAAGCCACAUUUCUGUCGGAGGGCCUAGGGCGUUGGCUGGAGAGGCCCAAAGAAUGUGACAAUUUCAGUAUUGUACCUGAUCAAUGAUUACCGGCUAGAGCAAUAUGCCUACAUUCUUGUAUGGAGGUACAAGCUUGUUCACAAACUCAUGACGCCGAAACUCUUGUUAACAUUUAUCAGAGGAGGCUGAUUUAAAACACACCUCUUGCUGUCACUGAAUAACAGACGUAUCAUAUAUGUACAAUGAACAUGUAGUCAGGCAACUCACAAAAGUUUCUCGACUUUAAACCUCAGAGGUGUAGCACACCAGCGAUUUAUUUCUAGUAAUGCUUAUCACAUAACACGUUUUAAAGAGCUUUUUUGUGGCGAGUGUCAUCCUCGUUUGCACUAAAUGGUUGAUACCUCUGAACAGAUAAGAAAAAUUUUGGGAUUACAUUAAAUGUAUAUAUCCCCCCCCCACCGCACCUCCCUCAAACUCAAGUCCUCAGCCCUUGGAUCCAUGCCUCUAAAAUUACACCCCGGUAGUUACUAAAAUCAGAUUUUUAAUCUGUGAUUUUUAGCAGCGGUAUGCCGAGGUCGGCGUAGCCACAUUUGGUAUUCAAAACGAUUAUGAUAGAGCUUUCGUGUCAACUGCAAAGUUUUCAUGCUUCAUGAAAUGUUUACUUUUAAUUAUAGGUAUUAUUAGCAAAACGUAUUUUAACAAUAAUAAACAUGUACUUCUGAAAUAAUGAAGUUAUUCUGAUGUGACAUAUAAAUAAGGACUAUGUUUUACAUAAUAAUAGACGGUACUGUAGUUUGCACUUUGUAUCAGAUAUUUUUAAGCUCAUUUCGACAAGCCAUGUCCACCUUGAUUCGUUUCGAGAUAAACUAUAAAAUGAAAACCAGGUGUUGCUUGUAGGAUCGGAAUGGCAUUUGUGUUCUGUGCUCUGUAGAAAUGAUGAAGAUACCUUUCACAUCCAUUAGUGAGAAUGUUGACCAUCUGUUCUAAUGGCAGCCUGGGGCACAUUAAUGGAAACGUUUGAAUUCUUUGAUCACUUCAAAGAGCAGUCACCAUACAUUUUGCUGGGAUUGGACUUGUUGAAUUUGCUUUCAUUAAUUUCCAACCUCUGACAUAUUUAAAUUGAUUGCAGCCGGACCACUUUAGAGUUGGUGGUGCAUCUAGGAAGUGUGCCCUGUUAUUAUCUCAACCCAUGACUCGCAUCCCUAGUCGUCAUUUUGUCGACUUGGAUUGUAAUGCUAUCAGGAAUGAUGACGUAUAUAUUGUAGCGUUCUUGAAAAUACACGGUACAUCAUGUUCCAUCUACCUCAGUGGUUAAUGGACCCAAAGCUACUAUAGAUGGUUCCCAGUUCCCGUUUUAAAUGAUAACUUUGUACUGACUAACAGUUGAAGAUAUUCUCUCCCCCCCCCAAUAACCGUAAGAGAGUGAUCAAAGAGUUGGUAGGUCCCCUUAUUUGGGGGCUCUUUAAUACAUUGCUGUGCACGAAUGAUUUAUUUUUUGUAAUUUUUUUAUAAUCAAAAGUAAUACUGAAACCAUCGAUAUUUGUCUUGCCAUGUUAGAAGGGAUGAUGUUGAUUUGGUGUCAUCUGACAGACUGAAUUACAUUUUCAUGUACCGUUAUUUCAAAAGUAAAUUAUGUACAUGUAUACCAUAAUGAAUACUGUGUAGUUCUUACAUGUAUAGCGAAAAAGAUAAAUCCUCAAGUUGUA